CCACCCGGGCGCGCCCGCGCGCGUCCCCGCUGCUGCCCCGCCUGGAAGCGCAGCUGAAGAUGGCGAGCUCGGCGCCCUCGGAGCACGCCGAGGAAGGAUGCGCGGCUCCCGCCGCCCGGGAUCAGGCGCAGCCGCCGCCGCCCGCGGCCUCCCCAGAUAAGGAGGAAGACCAGGAAGCUCAGGGGGAGGCGGCGGCAGCUACGGCAGGCCCGGGGCCGCAGGUGGAGGAGGCCGCGGGCCGGGUGGCUGCCGCGGUGACUUGGCUACUCGGGGAGCCGGGGCUGUGGCUGAGCUGCCGCGCUGAGGAGCUCCUGAGCUGGAAGAGGCCGCUGCGCAGCUUGCUUGGCUUCGUCGGUGCCAACCUGGUGUUCUGGUUUCUUGCAUUGACUCCAUGGAGAGUGUAUCACCUGAUUUCCAUCAUGAUACUUGGGCGUGUAAUUAUGCAAAUAAUAAAGGAUAUGGUUUUGUCUAGAACAAGAGGUGCACAGUUGUGGAGGAGUCUCAGUGAAAGCUGGGAAGUUAUCAAUUCCAAACCAGAUGAAAGACCUAGACUCAGCCACUGUAUUGCAGAAUCCUGGAUGAAUUUCAGCAUAUUUCUACAAGAAAUGUCUCUUUUUAAACAGCAGAGCCCUGGCAAGUUUUGUCUCCUGGUCUGCAGCGUGUGCACGUUUUUUACAGUCCUGGGAAGUUACAUUCCUGGGGUUAUACUCAGCUAUCUACUAUUACUGUGCGCAUUUCUGUGUCCACUGUUUAAAUGUAAUGAUAUUGGACAAAAAAUAUACAGCAAAAUCAAGUCAGUUCUGCUGAAACUAGAUUUUGGAAUUGGAGAAUAUAUAAAUCAGAAGAAACGUGAGAGAUCUGAAGCAGAUAAAGAAAAAAGUCACAAAGAUGACAGUGAAUUAGACUUUUCAGCUCUUUGUCCUAAGAUUAGCCUCACUGUUGCUGCCAAAGAGUUAUCUGUGUCUGACACAGACGUCUCAGAGGUAUCCUGGACUGAUAAUGGGACCUUCAACCUUUCAGAAGGAUACACUCCACAGACAGACACUUCCGAUGAUCUUGACCGACCCAGUGAGGAAGUUUUCUCUCGAGAUCUUUCAGAUUUCCCAUCUCUAGAAAAUGGCACAGGAACAAAUGAUGAAGAUGAAUUAAGCCUUGGCUUGCCCACUGAGCUAAGGGGAAAAAAGGAACAGUUGGAUAGUGGUCACAAACCAAGCAAAGAGAAGCAAUCAGCAGCUGGUCUCACCCUUCCUCUGAACAGUGACCAAACCUUUCAUUUGAUGAGUAACCUGGCUGGGAACGUCAUCACAGCUGCAAUGACCGCUGCCAUCAAAGACCAGUUAGGGGGUGUGCAGCAAGCACUUUCGCAGGCUGCACCCAGCCCAGGAGAGGACACAGAUACCGAAGAAGGUGAUGACUUUGAACUACUUGACCAGUCAGAGCUGGAUCAAAUUGAGAGUGAAUUGGGACUUACACAAGACCAGGAAGCAGAAGCACAGCAAAACAAGAAGUCUUCCGGCUUCCUUUCAAAUCUACUUGGAGGCCAUUAAUCUAGGAAUCAGCGGCUGGCAACAGAACACCAAAAAACCACCAAAAAAAAAUUUUCAAAAUUUCAAACAAGGAAAAAAAAAAAAAAAGAAAGAAAAAAUGGAAAAAAAUUAACUAUAAGCUUUAAUUAUUAUUUUAGAUUUUUUUUUGUUUUACUUUCCCUCCUGCAAUGGAUUGGACGUAUAUUAGCUGACAAUUAUAGAUUGAUAUUUCUGAUAGUUAUUUUUAUGUAAUAGGCAUGGAAAUGAACUUUACACAUACACACAUACAGUGUUGUCAGAGAUAAAUAUUAGGAAUUUUUUAUACAGAAAAAAGAAAAAAACCCCAAACGCCAAAUUAUUAAUAUUUUCCUAUAACUAUUCUUUAUUUUUUUCUUUACAAUUAAUUUUUCAAGCAUGCAGAAACAUUUUAUUGCAAUUCAUUGAAAAAUACAUUUGAAAUCCAUGUUGUAUUGGCUCCCUUAUUCCUAAUACCUGGAAAAGUUUGUUUUCUUUUUAACUGGUAGAUUUUGAUGUAAAAAGACAAAUUAUCAAGGUACCUUUAGUUGAAGGACUUGGGAAAUACUAUCAAAAUUAAUUUCCUAGGAAAAAAGUUUUUAAACUAUGGAUAGGCUGAAAUAUUUCCAUGUUUUUUCGGCAUUUGUAGACUUAGGCUUACUUGUAAAGUGGCAUGCUUAACUGAUGGCCAUCUCUUGCAAUGGGUGGUAUUAACCUAGAGAAAGCAAGUAGUUAUAGACAUAGACAAUGGCUACGAUGUAAACAGAUUCAGCUGUUCUGCCGUUCAUUUGCCAUGUUUGUAAUAGGGAGGUUGUGAGUGCAGACCUAUUCUGCCUGCUCAGACUUAAGUUAAACCUUUAUCUUUUAUAUUGUGUCAUAGAAAAAGUCUCCUAAAAUUGUGGAACUAGUUCUUGCUGUUCUGAGUGACUUGGGCAUCAACAAUAAAAAAAAAUAACUCUGUUUUCUUAGUUUGUAGAUAGAGAGGAAUUGCUUAGCUUUAAAGUAUAUUUAUUUGCCACUGAAGUCUAAAUAUGUAAUCUGUUUAUUCUUUGGAAGAUAGCAUAUAUUCUUCUUCCUUUAUUUUAAAUGUUUUUAGAUCACUUAAAGAACCAAAUUUGAUUUAUGGUUUUUAACAAAGGACUAAAGCAAAAAUCAAGCUAGUUUUGUUUUUGUGAUAUAAACUUUUAAGUGUUGAGGGACCAUGUCAGCAACUACCAAAAAUCUCUUUAAUCUUCAGGUAUAGCUGGCAUUUCUGUAGAUGCACGCAGACAUCUGAGACCCUCAGAAAGGAAGGAUAACCUAAGAAUAUAGGAAAUGUGUGUUGUCUUCCUUUCAUUCUAUCCCUUUUCUAAAGACUAAUUGUAGGUAAUCUGACAUUGUAAUGUAACAUCUUAUUUAUUUUUUCUUUCUGAGGUAUUACAAUAUCUAGACUGAAUUUUGCCAAAUGUUAAAGGGAGACAAGUUACUGAAGACUUUGAACACUUUUUCUUGUGACUAUGCUUAUGUGUUAUUAGUGCCUCAUGACUGUGUUUGAUGUCCUUUAUUGAUGAAGUGAGCCUGUGCCUUCAUUAAUUUGUCCAUUUAAAUACAAAUGGAAACCUGGUGUUAGAAAGUCUCUGCACUAUGUGGGUUUUGGAGGAAUACCCCUGAAUUCUAUUCAAUAAGAAAAAUACAGUCACAUGUUUAUAAGUCAUUACCAG